AAACAGCGCUAAUUUAAAGCUUUCUGGUAGAGAUGUGCUGAUUCUCGAUGCCACCGAUUCUGGAGCAUUGAUGGCUAGAGGAAACUUUUAAAAUUAAUAAGUCUUCCCGCUGUUUGCCAGAACAGAAGAUUCAUUCCAGUUGGCUGCAAUUGACAGCCGGAUCAGAGGGGCUCUACCAUAGGCUGAGGUUCCCUGUUGCUGCGCCGAUCAUCGAGUUUCCCUCCAAUGUCAAUGAGGCAAGGCCUGCCUCCAAUGCCACAUUCAUUAACUGAGUUUGCGGCAAUACUUGAAAGACCGGAAUACAGCCAUUUGAAAGGGGUAUAGAGGACAAUAGAGGAUGCUGGUAACUUUUUCCCUGGUCUGAUAGGUGGCCAGAAAGAGGGCUGGACUGCAGCCGUAUAUAUCCCCGCGGCUGCAGAAUGAUCCCAUGCUGCAACAGACGACAAGGCUCCACAUGGAUGCAACAUUUAAGGUGUUGCCACAGGAGCUGAAUGCAUAUCAGUUGAUAACAGUCCAUGCUGAGUACAUGCAUGAAAACCAUGUCUGAUCUCCGUGCUAAACUGGACAAGCUGGAGGCUGUCGAGGGACCCUCAAGGAUCCCCAUGACCGAGCUUACCAACACUGAUGGCUACAUAAUCACGGCGGCACGGUUGCACAGCCAUGCUCAAUAUGGCACUAGCGUUAUUUUGGAGAUGUUUAGCUGUGCUAAAAUCACGAUAACUCAAAACUCCAACAGUGUGAAGCUAUGUCAUGUGGGAAACCUGAAGCUCAGCGUGGGCUGCUUGGCUUCAAUUUAAGAACAUCACAAGUUUUCACCACAGUCUCUCAAUAGUACAAUGCAAAUUAUUGGUAUCCUUGCCUGAGAGAGUGAGCAAAGAAACUUAAGCAAUGGCGAACCGCUGAACACUAUAGAAAUUACCAGAAACUCUUAAACCACAGAUUCUUUUUCUGUCCGUUUGCCGCUGCGCUACUGGGUUCACUAUCAAUGGAGAGAUCGAUCAAGCGUUUUCUUAGCCGUCUGACACUCCCAAAUGUACACGCAAGUUGAAGAGCCACUAACAUAUCUGCAUGCCCGUAUAUGAUUGGAGGAAGUGUUCAUGAUGAUGAGUAGCCUAUCUGCCUCUCACUGUAAGCCGUUCUGUUUGACCAGUUCCAAUGAUCAAUACCAAAACGUUCAAAACCACAUGUCUAGAGUGCUGGACAGUUUUUUCUCAAAUACAUGUAAGUCUUAAACAAGGUGGGAAACCCAAUUCUGUUUUGGUUGUCUGUCUUUAUGAAAAAUCAAACCUAAACCUGCUGCUUGGUCUGCAAGAAUUCUACAUUAGUUUGUAUGUAGUACACAGCUCAGAUUUUUAAAACUUUUUUG